AUGUCUGCCUGGGCACGGAUAAGAGAUACUGUCCUGACAUCCAAAUGGAACAAGCCUUUUCCCGUGACGUUGCUUCCCUCGGCCAUUGGAGUGUACUUUGCUGUAUACUUUGCUGAAAAGCAGAGUGAGCGCCAGCAACAAAUUCUGGCCGAGAUCAGAGCACUUGGCGAGAAAGAUAUGGCAAUGGUCAAGGAAAUCGCAAGCAAGCCGCGAUGA